UUUGAAUUUAAUUUCGUGGUUCAUAUAAUGCUUAAAAUAGGCCUGUUGAACAUGUCCAAUGUACAAAAGCAAACUGUACUACUAACAGUGUAACGUUAGGCUAUAUAUAUGAAUGUGAACACGUUGCGGUGAUAGUUUUUACGGGUCAGUUGGCGUCUUAAUAUCAAAGUUACUUUGACGCGAACUGUGUAACGUUAGUGUUUGCAUAAAGUUGAACUCAUAACUUUUCAAAAUAUCCGCUUGUCGUGAUGUGUAUCGAAUAGCUACGUCCAAGUCUAGUCCGUUUCAAAACUGACAUCUUCAUGGAGACACAGAUGAAUGCCCCCUGUAAGAUGAGUCUCAGUGAGGAGGGAGAGGAGAGGGUUGUUGUUCACUACCAGAACCAGAGAGCAUCAUCUCCAGAGCCCAGCUGUGUAUCUAUGAAGAGCGACAUAUCUAUGCAUCAUCCCCCUGAUCUCAGUGAUGAGACCUUUAACACCAGAACUGACAUCUUCAUGGAGACACAGAUGAAUGCCCCCUGUAAGAUGAGUCUCAGUGAGGAGGGAGAGGAGAGGGUUGUUAUUCACUACCAGAACCAGAGAGCAUCAUCUCCAGAGCCCAGCUGUGUGUCUAUGAAGAGCGACAUAUCUAUGCAUCAUCCCCCUGAUCUCAGUGAUGAGACCUUUAACACCAGCAUCAGGCAAAAGGAAAGUCAGACAGAAUCAUGUUCAGUAUCCUCCUGUGUGUUGAUGAAGAGUGAUGGAUCUAUGCGUCAUCCACCUGAUCUCAGUGAUAAAGCAAUGACCACCGACCCUGUUGUGGAUAGAGAUGAUCAGACUAAAAUCCUGAAGCAGGUUCUUCACCAACCAGUUGAUGAUGAACUACAGAGAGUCAAAGACCAACAUAAAACCAGCAUGAAGAACAAGUAUGAAAGCUUAUUUGAGCCAGUCAAACUACAAGAUAAUCAAACCCUCCUAAACAGGAUCUACACACAGCUCUACAUCAUAGAGGGAGAGAGUGAAUGGGUGAAUGAAGAACAUGAGGUUUUACACGUUGAGAAGACACCCAGAACACAACACUCACAAGACACUCCAAUCUACUGUAAUGAUAUAUUCAAACCCUCAACUGAACCAGGAUGUGAGAAGAAAAACAAAAUAAAGGUUGUUCUUACCAAAGGCAUCGCUGGAAUUGGAAAAACUGUCUCUGUGCAGAAGUUCAUUCUGGACUGGGCCGAGGGAAAUGCCAAUCAGGAUGUAGAUUUUAUGUUUGUGCUUCCAUUUCGAGAGUUAAACUUGAUUCAAGAUAAUCAGUUCAGUCUUGACAGACUUUUGCUUGACUUUCAUCCUAAACUUCAUGAACUGAACCCAAGAAUUUAUGAGGAGUGUAAAGUUGUGUUCAUCUUUGAUGGUCUGGAUGAAAGCAGAAUUGCACUGAUGUUUUCAGACAAUGAGAAAGUUUCUGAUGUGACUCACACUUCAUCAGUGGGUGUGUUGAUGUCAAACCUCCUGAAAGGAGAACUGCUUCCCUCUGCUCUCAUCUGGAUCACCUCCAGACCAGCAGCAGCCAAUCAGAUCCCUUUCAGGUACAUUAACCGUGUGACAGAAAUUCAAGGAUUUGAUGAGCCUCAGAAGGAGGAAUAUUUCAGGAAGAGAAUAAGUGAUGAGGAUCAAGCUAGCAGAGUCAUUUCCCAUAUUAGAAAAGCAAGAAGCCUCCACAUCAUGUGCCACAUACCAGUCUUCUGUUGUAUCUCAGCCACUGUUCUUGAAAGAAUUGUAAAACAAGAUACAGAAAUCCCACAAACUCUGACGGAAAUGUACAUCCACUUCCUGCUCAUUCAGACAAGCAUGAAGAAUCAGAAGUAUGAAGAGAGAGAUACUGAAAAACGUAUGCAGUCCAACAAAGAAGUGAUUGUGAAACUUGGUGAACUGGCUUUCAAACAGCUGAUGAAGGGUAAUGUCAUGUUCUAUGAGGAGGACUUGAGAGAUUGUUGCAUAGACAUCACUGACGCAGUGUAUUCUGGGAUUUGCACUGAGAUCUUUAAGCAGGAAUCUGUGAUUCAGCACAAGAAAGUGUACUGCUUCAUACAUCUGAGCUUUCAGGAGUUUCUAGCUGCUUUAUAUGUGUUUUUCUCCCAUUUGAUGAAGAACAUGGAGCCGUUGCAGUUGUUUCUGCAUGAAGAAUGUGAACAUUAUGAAUAUAAGCAAGAGAGGUCUCAGGGAAAUGCUUUGUGUAAGUUACUAACUUCAGCUGCCAACAAAACUCUUAAGAGUAAAAAUGGACACCUGGAUCUUUUUCUGCGGUUCCUGCUGGGUAUCUCACUGGAGUCCAAUCAGAGACUCUUACAGAAUCUACUGACAUGCUCAGAGAACAGCUCAGAAACCAUCAAAGAAACCGCACAGUACAUUAAAGACACAAUCAAUUGUUAUAAUCUCUCAGCUGAUAGAUCCAUCAGUCUGUUCCUCUGUCUACUAGAAGUGAAUGACCAGACCCUGUGCAAAGAGAUUCAGGAGUUUGUCAAAUCAGACCAACACUCAGAGAAGAAACUCUCUCCUGUUCACUGCUCAGCAAUAGCCUACAUGCUUCAGAUGUCAGAAGAGGUGCUGGAUAAGUUUGAGCCUACAAAAUACAACACAUCAUAUGAGGGGAGAUGGAGACUGAUACCAGCUGUGAUGAACUGCAGAAAAGCUCUGCUUGCUGGAUGUUGUCUCUCUAAUCAGCACUGUGAAACUGUGUGUUCAGCUCUACAAUCAUCAAACUCCAAUCUGAGAGAGCUGGACAUGAGUAACAAUGACCUGCUGGAUUUAGGAGUGAGGCUGCUCUGUGCUGGACUGAAGAAUUCACACUGUCAACUGAACAUACUGAGACUUGCUGGAUGUCGACUAUCUGAUUGCCACUGUGAACAUUUGUCAUCAGCUAUACAGUCUCCAAAUUCCCGUCUUUGUGAGUUGGACAUGAGUAGCAAUGUCCUGCAGAAUUCUGGAGUGAGGCUACUCUGUGCUGGACUGGAGAAUUCAUACUGUCAACUAAACAUACUGAGACUUGCUGGAUGUUGUCUCUCUGAUCACCACUGUGAAAGUUUAUCUUCUGCUCUACAAUCAUCAAACUCCCGUCUGAGAGAACUGGACCUGAGUAACAAUGACUUACAGGAUUCAGGAGUCAAGCUACUCUCUGCUGGAUUGAGGAAUUCACACUGUCAACUGAACAUACUGAGAUUGGCAGGAUGUAGAUUGACUGGUCAGUGUUGUGAAAGUUUGUCUUCAGUUCUACAAUCGUCAGACUCCCAUCUGAGAGAGCUAGACCUGAGUAACAAUGACCUGCAGGAUUCAGGAGUGAUGCUGAUUGCUGCUGGACUGAAGAAAUCUUCAGCUCUACAGUCAUCAAACUCCUGUCUGAGAGAGCUGGACCUGAGUAACAAUGACCUGCAGGAUUCAGGAGUAAAGCUACUCUCUGCUGGACUGAAGAGUACAGAGUGUCAACUGAACAUACUGAGAUUGUCUGGCUGUAAGGUGACUGAGGAAGGCUGCUGUUAUGUGUCUUCAGCUCUGAGUUCAAACCCCUCACACCUGAGAGAGCUGGAUCUGAGCUACAAUCACCCAGGAGAAUUAGGAGUCAAGCUACUCUGUGAUACAUUGAACAAUCCAAACUAUGCACUGGACAAUCUUAAUGUGGAUCAUGGAUGGGAGCUCAGGAUUACAGCAGGACUACAGAAAUAUGCCUGCACUCUAACACUAGAUCCAAACACAGCAAACAGUCAUCUAAUUCUUUCUAAUGAGAACAAAAAGGUGACAUAUGUGGGAAAAAGUCAGUCAUACCCUGAUCACGCAGAAAGAUUUGAUGGAUGGCCUCAGGUUCUCUGUAGAGAGAAUCUGUCUGGACGCUGUUACUGGGAGGCUGAAUGGAGUGGAUAUGCUGUAACAUCAGUUGCAUAUAAACGAAUCUGCAGAAAAGGAUGGAAUGAAUUCUCUGAGUUUGGAUACAAUAGGAACAACAGAAAUUCUUGGAGUCUGAUCUGCUCUGACACAUUCAUUGCCUGUCAUGAUAAUAAGGAAACUGUCAUACGCGUCCCUUUAUGCUCUUCUAAGAGAGUAGGAGUGUAUGUAGACUGGUCAUCUGGCACGCUGUCCUUCUACAGUGUCUCUAACACACUCACACAUUUACACACAUUCACUUCCACAUUCACUGAGCCCCUUUAUGCUGGAUUUGGGGUUUAUCGUUCAAACUCCUCAGUGGCUCUAUGUGAGAUUGAAAACAGUCUGAUGGCCUGCGAGAAGAAGCUCUCUCGCAUUCUGCUGGUUCAGGUCCUGAUGCUGCGGUACCUUCUGCCUGAUGAUGUCCUGGAGGGAGAGAAGCUCACCUCCAACGAUGUGCUGGGCCGUAUGAACUAUUCUCUGCAGGGCUUUCUGGUUGAGAGCAGUGUAGUUCCCGUACCAGGCAGUGAUGGAAGAAGAUAA